CUGCUGUAGGGUCAGGAGAGUUCUGGCUGGUCAGCACUGGGGGCUCAAGACAGGACAGAAGCCACUGCUGCCACCAUGGACACAACUGUGAGACCCAGCAUCUCUGCCGGGACCCCCGCGCCUCCCCUCUCGUCGGACCGCAUCAAGAAUGCCGCGGACAUCUCAGUUAUUGUCAUCUACUUCGUGGUGGUUCUGGCUGUGGGACUGUGGGCACAAGCUUCCCUCCUCCUUGAUCCUUACAUCUUCUCUCAUCCUCAGGCAGACAUGUUCUCUGGGGCCAUAUUCAUCAAGGUGGCCCUUGGGUUGGAUCUUUAUGUAGCCAUCUUCAUCCUACUCAUCAUCACGGGGAUCUUCACUAUUGCAGGUGGCUUGGCCUCUGUGAUUUACACUGACACCCUGCAGACUGUCAUUAUGCUGGUCGGUUCUUUCAUCCUCACUGGCUAUGCUUUUGCAGAAGUGGGAGGGUAUGAGGCCUUCACUGAGAAGUACAUGAAAGCCAUCCCAUCUGUCAUCACUGACCAAAAUGUAACCCUGCACCCAGAAUGCUACAUGCCCAAAGCAGACUCCUUCCACCUCUUCCAGGAUCCCAUCACUGGUGAACUGCCAUGGCCAGGAAUCAUCAUUGGAAUGAACCUUGUUUCUCUUUGGUACUGGUGCACAGACCAGGUGAUUGUGCAGCGAUGCCUCUCAGGGAAGAACCUGUCUCAUGUGAAAGCUGGUUGCAUCUUGUGUGGCUACCUGAAGCUGCUGCCCCUUUUCCUCAUGGUGAUGCCUGGUAUGAUCAGCCGCGUUCUGUACCCAGAUGAAAUAGCCUGUGUCGUACCUUCAGAAUGUAAGAAACAUUGUGGCACCAGUGUGGGCUGCACCAACAUGGCCUACCCGAAGCUGGUGGUAGAGCUCAUGCCCAAUGGACUUCGGGGACUGAUGUUGUCAGCCAUGUUGGCAUCACUCAUGAGCUCCCUCACCUCUAUCUUCAAUAGUUCCAGCACGCUGUUCACCAUUGACAUCUAUACCAAAAUUCGAAAGCGAGCAUCGGAGAGAGAGCUUCUACUAGCGGGAAGGUUGUUCAUCAUCGUCCUGAUUGCCCUCAGCAUUGCUUGGAUCCCAUUAGUCCAGGAAGGACAAAAUGGUGAACUUGUCCAGUAUGUGGAGUCAAUAUCAAGCUACCUUGGGCCCCCCAUUGCAGCUGUGUUCCUGCUUGCCAUCUUCUGCAAGAGAACUAAUGAGCAGGGAGCUUUCUGGGGACUGAUGUUUGGCCUUGUGAUUGGUCUAACUCGUAUGAUUGCUGAGUUUGCCUAUGGGACAGGCACUUGCAUGGUCCCCAGCCAAUGUCCAAGCAUCAUCUGUGGAUGGCAUUUCUCCUAUUUUGCCAUAGUCCUCUUCACAUUGACAGUAUUGGUUGUGCUUGGUAUCUCUCUGAUGACAAAACCUAUUCCUGACAUACAUCUGUACCGCCUUUGCUGGGCUCUCCGCAAUAGCCAGGAAGAACGUAUCGACCUGAACCCUGAGCAGUAUGGACAAGAGGAAGCUGGAGACCAGGGGGAAGAAGAUGGCUCAGAGGAACCACAAGGGUGCUUCAAGAGGGCCUGGAAUGCAUUCUGUGGGCUGGAGACAAAGAAAGGCCCCAAGCUGACUGAGGAAGAGAAGGCUGCAUUGCAGAAGCAGCUCACAGACACAUCUGAAAAACCCUUUUGGAGGAACGUGGUGAACAUCAAUGCCAUCCUGGUCAUGGCUGUGGGCAUCUUCUAUCAUGCUUAUUUUGCCUGA